AAGGAAGAAUAAAUGCAUCCCGCCAACAACAACAACAACAACUACUACUACAACGUGAUGUGAAUUAAUUAAAUGCCCCUCUCGUGCGUUCUCUCUCACACUCGUAUGCUUUUUGUGUGUGCUUUCUAUCUCAUUCUUGCACUGCGUCUUUGUUGAAUUUGAAUUUCACUUCUCUCCUUAAACGGCGAAUAAGAUCAAAAUAAAAUAAGAAAAUACAUAUAAAUAUAUAUACAUAUAUAUAUGAGUGGUUGUGUGUGGUGUGUAUGUGAUUCUAGGUAAAUUGUUGUUGUUGGUUUUUUGCGGUUAAGAAGUGCGUGAUUCAUCGUCACCGUCAACCCGUCAUCCUCACUGCCGUUGUCGUCGUCGUCGUCCAUUGAACCUGGAAAUCUGGAACCUGGUGCGGCGCUCCGACAGAGCAACAAAAAGCAAACGACUGACUGUCUGUCUGUCUGACCGUCUGUUUGUCUCUCUGUUUCCUGCUAAAAACAUUGUCAAACGGCCAACAACAAUAACGACAACAUCAACAAUAGCAACAUGGACAAUAUCCGUGCGAUAGUCGAGUACGAGUAUGCGGCCAAAGAGCCAGAUGAAUUGGAUCUACAGAAAGGUGCCAUCAUUCAUCGUAUCAAACAAAUGCCAGGCGGUUGGUGGCAGGGCACAUUGAAGGCCAAUGGCAAAACGGGCAUGUUCCCGGAUAAUUUUGUGCGCGUGCUGGACUCCAACAACACGACCAACAGCAAUGGCAAUCACAGUGGCGAUGACAGUGCAGCAGCAGUCCAAUUGAGGGACAAAUCAACGACAUCGAAUCGCCGCUGCAAAGUCAUCUAUAGUUACACACAAGUCAACGACGACGAGUUGACGCUGGCCGUGGGUGAUGUCAUUGAAUUCCUUGGGGAGGUCGAGGAAGGCUGGUGGCGUGGACGUUUGCGCAGCAAAGUUGGCGUCUUCCCUUCAAAUUUUGUGCAACAUAUCGAACCAUCACCAAUUCUGGCAUCGAAACGACCGCCAACAAUUGGUGCAACAGUGACGACAUCAGCUCUAACGCGGAAGGGACCACCGAAACCACCAGUCGCAACAGUAUCGGCCUCGUCGAUUCGAGAAAAAAAUAGAGUCAACGCUUCUAAUAACAUUGCGGCAACAACAGCAGCACCACCAUCAGCAGAAGAAGCUGAUAUCCCUGGAGUUCCAAUGUUGCCACCAAAACCUCAACGCGAAUUUUGUCGCGUCGAGUUUCCCUAUGCCCCGCAAAACGAAGAUGAACUGGAACUUAAAGUGGAUGAGAUUAUCACCAUCAUUACGACAGAAUUGCCCGAUAAGGGCUGGUGGAAGGGCGAAAUACGUGGCAAAGUUGGUGUAUUUCCCGAUAAUUUUGUCAAAUUAUUGCCACCCACAGAAGCUCCACCGCCAAUACCUCCGCCACGUCCUCGAGCAAGAGCGGGAGCUCGUGCAGCAGCAGCAGCAACAGCUCCGGGACCGCAGCGUGGCGGCUCAUUCGAGUUCUUGGGCGCGCGUAUGGCCAGCUUAAUCACCACGAUUUUUGCCCCCAUCAACGAGCCGACUACGACGACGACGGCAACAGCAGCAUCAGCAACAACAACAACGCAAUCCCAGAAGAAGAUUACCAACACCAUUGCCAACGCCACCAGCCACAUGACCACAACGAACUCUAGUAAUUCCAACACCACAACGGUGACCCAGCAGCAGCAGCAGCAACAGAGCACAACGGGCGGCUCUUCCACCACAUCGAAAGUAUAUAUCAAAAAGACAGGCAGCAGCAGCAAUUCCUCAUCCUCGGCCUCUGGCCGCAAGGAGAGUUUCGGUUCACGUGACUCCCUUAACGAUAUUCUUAGCGAAACAGGAUUGCCCAGCGGCAAUGUGGCCGCUCAGCGUAAAUCGCUGGAGAACAAAAAUCUGGAUCUGACCAAACAGCCAGGUAGUAGCCAAGCAGCCAAGGGCAAUUCCACAAUUACCACAAUUACGGCCAGCAGCAGCAGCAACACUAGCAGCAGUUCCAGUACAACAGCGGCAACAUCAUCAACAUCCUAUACCGAAUUACGUAAAAGUCUCGAUAAUAUGGAUGAGAAAAUUAAAUCACCGCCGCCGCCAGUUCUUAGCAAGAAGCCCAAUGUGCCGUUAAAGAAGACACCCACAGGUGGAGUCCCAGUCGGGGGUCCUCUAAUGGCGAGCAAUUUGAAGAAAAAGAAUCCAGAGGGCAAACUAACCAGUGCUGUAUCCCAUGAUCUGGCUGAUGGAUUGACUGCUAGUAAAUUGGUAUCCGGAAAUUUGCCCGAUUCUGGUGCGCCUGGCAGUAUAGUGAUGCGUCGAGCGGCCACCAUAGCCGUGGAGGAUACUGAUUUCGAUCGGGUGGAACGUGCUUCUAUACUGACAGAUAUGCGCGCAGGUCGCGUUAAGGCACCCAAGCGAAGGCCACCCUCGGCGGCCAUCAAUGUACUGGGGGAGAGUAAUAACAAUUCGGUUUACGUAUCAUUAAACGGGGCCAGUGAGCCAAGUGAAGAUGCUGGAAUUGGUGGCAAGACUGCUCAAGCCAUUGGCUCAUCCGAUGAUAAUUCAACGGGCGAAGAGCAAUUGGCUAAACCCAAACCACGUGAAUGGCAACAGAAAAAGGCACCCUGGAUGGAGGAGUUGAAAGCCUCGCAAGUGACACGAAAGAAGCCAACGCCAAGCACAGAACCUAGAGGAGCAUCAGUGGCCGAGAGAACCUCCAAAUUGUUUGCCACCGAGCAGGCGGCUACCUCCAGUGUGGUUACAACAACUGCCAGCAGUAGUACUACCAAUAGCAGCAGUUCCACCACAACAAAAGUGCAAUCCUCAGCGAUAACUUCUUCCAAUCUGAUGCAGCAGUCCAUGUUUGUGGAUAGUAGCAAUAAAAAAGAGGUGACAGCAAGUGUCGUGACCACCAGCACCAGCAGCAGCACCAGCUCCAACAGCAAUAGCAAUAUCAACAACACCAGCACUACUAACGAUGCCAUCAUGUCCAAGAGCAUGUCCAAAUCGGCGUUAGCCACGGCCAGCAGUGAUGAGGAAACACGAGUCACUCGACCCAAUAGUCUUUCCAUACGCAAUCGUAGUGUCUCACCAUUGGUUAAGUCAGCAAAUGCCAGCAGCAGCAAUAGCAGCAUAGCCGAGGAGAAGAACAAUCAAGCCAGUACAGUGCCAGAGCCAGCAGUAGCAGCACCAGCAGCAGCACCACCAGCCGCAGCAACAGCAGCCCCAGCAACGGUCCAGCUAAACAAUCAUCAUCAGGAUACAUCUGCGCCACUUGUCUAUCGGUUGGAGCAACGAGUCGAUAAACUGGAGGCCACCGUACAGAGUCAACAGCGAACAAUUGAGGAACUUAUACGCACGCUGCGGGAGGAAACGGAACGCGUGAAACUAUUGCGAGGGGAGCUGGAUAAAUAUGCUCAAAAGAAAACGCAUCGUGGGAAGCUUGAUAAUUGGAUGUUUUAAAUGCUAACCGUAACUAAACUUGGCUAGACCUAUAUACUA